AUGAGCUCAUCAAACGCAGUCCUGGCAAACGCGACCAUCCGCGAAUAUCGGGACUUGAUCCGAAACCAAGACGAUGAGUUCAUCAAACAGAUGCCCAAAGUUGAAAUGCACGUCCACAUUGAAGGGACCAUGACACCAGAACUUCGAUGGCCGCUUGCAGUUCGACACCGAAUACCGAUACCGAAUCCCAGAACAGGAAAAUAUUGCCGUGACUUAUCAGAAUUGAAAGGCUUGUAUGACCUCCUCGAUGAUUUAGAACAGGGGGGUGUUGAGGGGGGAAUGCUCCGAUUCUUCGAGCUUUACUAUGGUGGCUUCGACGUUCUUCGCGAUGAGGAAGACUUCUAUCUCCUUGCGAUGAACUAUUUCCAACGCGCAGCCAGGAUGAAUAUCCGGUAUUGCGAGCCUUUCUUUGACCCUCAGGGCCACACUCGCAGGGGCGUUUCUUUGGACACCGUGAUGAAAGGCCUUCAGCGGGCUCAGCUGGAGGCAGCGGAAAAGCUCAAUGCAUGUACCGAGACUAGCAUCUCUGAACACAUAGGGUAG